AUGUCUGUCUUUAAUGACUCUGUCCUAUACCCCUGCUUCCUCCUGACAGGCUUCUCAGGCCUUGAAAGCAGAUAUGGCUUAAUUUCCCUCCCUAUUUUCUUGGUUUAUGCCACCUCAGUUGCAGGGAACAUUACCAUUCUGUUUAUCAUCAGAACUGAGCCUUCCCUCCACCAACCAAUGUAUUACUUCCUGUCAAUGCUGGCAUUUACUGAUCUGGGCCUAUCCACUACAACCUUGCCUACCAUGUUCAGCGUUUUCUGGUUCCAUGCCCGGGAGAUCUCUUUCAAUGGCUGCCUGGUCCAGAUGUACUUCAUUCAUGUUUUCUCAAUUAUUGAGUCAGCGGUGCUUUUGGCUAUGGCCUUUGACCGCCUAGUAGCAAUCCGAGCACCCCUGCGUUAUGCAGCCAUUUUAACCAAUGAUGUAAUCAUUGGGAUUGCCUUGGCAAUCACCGGAAGGGCCUUGGCUCUGGUCUUUCCAGCUUCUUUCCUCUUAAAAAGGCUUCAAUAUCGUCCUGUCAAUAUUCUCUCCUACCCUUUCUGCCUGCACCAAGACCUCAUCAAGACAACUGUAUCCAGCCGUCGGGUCAGCAGCAUCUAUGGCCUCAUGGUGGUCAUCUGCUCCAUGGGACUUGAUUCAGUCCUCCUCCUCCUUUCCUAUAUCCUCAUCCUUGGCACAGUUUUGAGUAUAGCCUCCAGGACAGAAAGAGUGAAAGCACUUAAUACCUGCAUCUCUCAUAUCUGUGCUGUACUCACUUUCUAUACACCAAUGAUUGGACUAUCUAUGAUCCAUCGCUAUGGGCAGAAUGCAUCCCCAUUUGUCCAUGUGUUCAUGGCCAAUGUCUAUUUGCUGGUGCCACCCCUCAUGAACCCCAUUGUCUAUAGUGUCAAGACCAAGCAGAUUCGUGACAGAAUCCUCAAGAAAUUCAACCAACAGAAAGUUUGA